AAAGAAUAAAACAGGGGUAAAGCAGAGAGAAGUGGAGAAGCAGCAAAAGAAAUGGCGGCAGCAGUAGCAGCAGCAGCUGUUGGAGUCCCAACCCUGCUCCACCGCCUCGUCCACCACCCACCACCCCGUUCCUUUUUCCUCAUCUCCAGCACCGCCAUAUCCAAACAACCACAACUACGACGCCUCUUGUGCCACUCCCUACCUUCCACCAAAGCCUCUUUGCAACAACAACAACCAACCCAGCAACUUGAUGAGAAUGCCCAGAUGGGUUUGGACUCUGAAAAUGGUGAGGAAGGUGAGACUGAAGCUGGGAAACUGGAUACUAACGACGCUGCACGAAUGAACUUAGACCCUUCUACGGUUUUGAAGAGAAACCGGGUUGACCCGGUGGACCUUCCGACACUUACGGUGAGAGAAAAGAAGGAGUUGGCGUCGUAUGCUAACAGCUUGGGGAAGAAGCUCAAGUCUCAGUUGGUGGGCAAGUCUGGUGUUACGCCCAACGUUGCUGCUGCUUUUGUUGAGAAUCUUGAAUCUAAUGAGCUUCUUAAGGUUAAAAUACACGGGACAUGUCCAGAGGAGCUAGAUGAUACAGUGAAAGAACUGGAGGCAGCAACUGGUUCAGUUGUUGUUGGUCGGAUUGGUAGAACAGUGAUUCUUUACAGGCCAAGUCUCACCAAGCUGAAAGCAGAGGAGAAAAAAGAGCAGAUGCGUAAGAUUUUUUUAAAACGAAAGCAGAGAUAUUCAAGACCAACAUCUAUGGAAUUUCAGAAAAAAGGAAGACCGAGGAUGUUGGUGCGUGAUAGUCGUGGAAGACCCAAGGUCUAGUUUAUGUCAAAUUUUGGUAAUGCAACUCUGGACGUGUUAAGAACUGCUUGUACCUUGAAAGCUAUGCAUGUGUGGAACUAUGGAGUUUUCCAUGCUAAGGGAAAUAUAAACCAAAAAUUUUCUUUGGAUCGCUCUGACAGUAUUGUAUGUUGCCGACAUUAGUGACCAAAAUCUUCACCUCCGGCAAACUUAGGAUGUAAGUUUAUGAGUUGAGUAGAGGUGCUUUGAUUUUGAUGGUGAUGCUUGUAUUAUGCUUUGCAAGGACGAAAUCAGCAUGUACUAUUUUAGUAUUUACUUCAUGUUCUUUGCCAUUGCUUCUGAAAAUAAAAAUUCACUCCC